AUGACGACCCUCCCAUCCAAUCUACCCAUUCUUCCAUUAUUCGACUCUGUACUAUUACCAUCCAUUGUAACAGAUCUCAUGUUAAGUCAAGAGGAUGCUCAUCGUAUCUCAUCCAAUUUGGCUGCUACUGGUAAAGGCUCUUACAUCGUCUGUGUGCCUUUGGAUCCCACAAAGUCAACAACAUCCAACACGACCACCACAAGCACUGGUUCUUCCUUGCAAAUGAUGCCUGCCACAACACUCGAUCUCUCUCAACUCUUUCAUUUUGGAUGCACCGCUGAGAUCCUUGCUGUUGACAACACGCUCCCCCAUACACUAUCCGUACGCGUCAAAGGCAUAUGUCGAUCCCACAUUCAAGAUAUCACUACCAUCGAUGGACAUGCAUUUGAAGCAACGCUAAAGCAUCACCCUUCAUUACAAGAGGAAGAGAAUGAUCAUCCACAAGCCAAGAAUUUACGCAAGCUGUGUCAAGAGUAUCUAUCUCGGAUGCGUGACAUUGGUGUCCCUGAUGCAGUGUUGGGAGAAUUACAGCGCGCCACUACAUAUGGAUCAGUGUCAAGAAUGGUAGAUUGGCUUUUGUGUAUCGCUGGAUCAACCAUGCAAGAGAAGCUACGUGCAUUGGAACAAACAGAUCUGGUAUCCCGCUUGCAAGUGGGUGUGGCAGCAGUCAGCUGCCAGCUGCAGGCCUUGAGAGAACAAGAAUACCAUAUUCAAGAAGAACUUGAUAAGAAAAGACGCGAGUUUUAUUUACGACACCAGUUUAAUACAUUAACAGCACGACCCAUCCGUUACAAUAACAACAACAAAAAGGCGUCUGGGGAUCCAGCAACAGAUAUGGAUGGUGAUGUCUUCUCGGUAGCUAUGCCAUCGGAUGAUGAUGAUGAGGAAUUGGCUGAACUUGUGGAGCAACUCAAUAAUGCCAAUUUGCCACGCGAAGCAAGGACCAGUGUUAGCAGGGAUAUUAAACGCCUCCGUAAACUCACUCCUUCAUCACCUGAAUCGGGCGUUUUGAGAUCAUACCUUGAGGUGGUUGCCACAUUGCCGUGGAAUGAUAUGCACAUGGAAGAGGAGCAAAUUGUCAAUAUCGCAGUGGCACGAGAUCGGCUUGAUGAGGAUCAUUACGGCCUAGAACAUGUCAAGCGUCGCAUCUUGGAAUAUCUUUCUGUCAUCAAGGUCAAACGCGAUCUCAGCCCACCUAUUCUUUGCUUUGUUGGACCGCCUGGUGUGGGCAAGACAACAUUAGCAAAGUCGAUUGCUACAGCCUUGCAACGCAAGUUUCAUCGUAUUUCAUUGGGCAGCAUUCGUGAUGAAGCGGAUAUUCGUGGACAUCGUCGAACCUAUGUGGCGGCCAUGCCUGGAUUACUCAUUAAUGGGAUGCGGAAGUGUGGUGUCAAGAACCCCGUCGUCUUGUUAGAUGAGAUUGACAAAAUGGUUCAAAACUCGGCUCAGGGUGAUCCAGCUGCUGCCAUGCUCGAAGUGCUUGACCCCGCACAAAGUUCAACAUUUAUGGAUCAUUUCAUGAACAUCCCUUUCGAUUUAUCCAAAGUACUCUUUAUUGCCACAGCAAACUCGAUGGAUUCUAUCCCAGGCCCUUUGCUUGAUCGUAUGGAGGUUGUGCAGCUUCAAGGUUACACGUCCAAUGAAAAGAUCCACAUUGCUCGAUCCUACUUGUGGCAAAAGCAAAUCAAGGCACAUGGUCUUGAGAAUGUUGAUCUCUCUAUUGACGACACCGUAUUGCAAUACAUUUGUGAAGGAUUUACACAAGAAAGUGGCGUACGAAAUCUUGAUCGAUGCCUUGCCAGUAUAUGUCGUUUCAAAUGCCAUGAGUACGCCAACAUGCUCGAAUCAAAAGGCGACACGGAAGGAUUCAAAAGUAUCAUUGGAAAGAAAGAUGUGCAGGAUAUUCUUGGACCGGCUUAUUUUGAACGUGAGACGGUGCAUGGUGAGCAUGCUGUUUCUGGUGUUGUCUCAGGCCUUGCCUAUGCACAAAGUGGAGUUGGGGAUGUACUUCGCAUUGAGACCACCAUGAUGCCAGGCAAAGGACGAUUGACUUUGACAGGAUCAUUGGGUGAUGUGAUCAAGGAAUCUGCUUACAUUGCUGCAUCUUGGGUCAAGGCCAAUGCAUAUACUUUAAAAGUGACGGGCUCACCAAAGCAGGAACUUUUGGCUGAUACCGACUUGCACAUUCACAUGCCAAAUGGGGCCGUACCCAAGGAUGGUCCAUCGGCUGGAAUCACCAUGGCAGUUUCCAUUGUUUCAUUACUAUUAAACAAGACUGUAUCCAAGACGACGGCCAUGACGGGUGAAAUUAGCUUACGUGGGCAAGUGCAACCAGUGGGAGGUAUCAAGGAAAAGGUGAUUUCAGCUCAUCGAGCGGGCAUACGCAAGAUCAUUCUUCCAGUCCGAAACCGACGAGAUGUGGAGAAGGAUAUACCAAAAGAAAUCAAGCAUGAUUUGACAUUUGUAUAUGCUCGUACUAUUUGGGAUGCUCUUGAAGCUACUGAAUUACUUGACCCAAUGGAUAUUCGACCUUUUGAAUGUCGUUUGUAA